UUACAUCGACUGCAGAUGCGUCACCAGGGUCACGAAGCAGCAGAAUACGUCAACGCAGAAUAUGGCACCGUAGACCAUGUAUUUGAAUUCCUUCGCGUCGUCGCCUUUCAGGCCGUCGGCAGCUAUCUGGAUGAGGAGGCUCGUAUCGGACACGCUGAGGCACCGGCGGAUGGCUUUCCACAACUCAUCCAUCGGCGGGCACAACAGGGACUGGCACACCCAGGCACACAGCACCAUUCAACAGGACGAAGUGGGCAUCGGGAGGUGUGCAUACGUGUGUGUGUGUGUGUUUUUUUCUUUCUUUCUUUCUUUCUUUCUGUCCGUCUGUGUGUCCUACCUCAGUAAUAUCGAGGAAACAAUAAGUUGGCCACAUGACGAAUUGCAGGAUGGCCUGCGCAAAAGGAAAUCGCGGAGGGCAGACACAUGCGUCGUUGUUUGCUGACGACAUGCCCCUCACCCAAUAUAGCCCUCACCAGUAAGAAGCGAAUGGGGGUGUGGAGCAGGAAGACGAAGACGAGCAUCUCGUUCGUUGCCAUCCAGGUGUCCAGCAACCGGCGGUAGCGUCCACUCUCAUGACGAACCAAACUGUAAGUGACACAAGCCAUCGAGCGUGGAUCAAUCGCCUGCCAUCCAUACAGCUCCCGUACUUGGAAGAGCAAAUUUGAUUGUGUCCCGGAUGGCCACGGCGAUAGCACUGGAGGCACAUGUCCGAAAGACAGCCAGAGUGGCAGCCCCACCUGAGACAACGGCAUGCACAGACAGAUGCUUCGGUUUCCUGUGUGUUCCGCCUGUCUCUCACGCGAAAUUGCAAUGGCGGUCGUAACAGCCCGAGCCACCGUGCAAAUGACAUACAUCGUGCGCAGCGACUUGAAGGCCUGCUUGUUGUAUGUAAUGGGUCAUGGCUGAUAAGAUCGUCUGCACUGCGCCUACUUGUAUGUGGCCGGGGCUGCCGCAGAGGAAACGCAAUCUGCAGCCAAAGACACAAAAUUCGCAUCAUCCCCUGCCCUGCAGCCACGUCCAUGCCCUCCUGCACACAUACUCCGUGUAGGCGAGCGGUGCCGUCAUCAUCCAGUAGCCCGCAGCCGAAGAACCAACGAUCCAAGCGAUCAGCACCACAACCAGAGGCAGCAGGCCAACGCUGCAGAUGCUGAACACAAAAAGAGAAGACGCAUGGACCAUUCCACCAAUGGCAUGGAUCUGAGCGCAGUUGGUCCAUCGACGAACGUGCUGCUUUGCGUACUAGUAGAUCUGAAGAUCUUUCUGUACGGCGUUCGCUUGCCCACGGGUACCCGGGGCCUGCAGAUCAGUGCCGGGCUCUGGAUCUGGCUGCAU